AGAGAGAUAACGCUCGGUGUAGGGCCCAGUCAUAUGACCACCGCGAGCCAUCGAAUCGAGGAGCCCGGCCGGUGGUUUAGUCAACAGUCAGGCAGAGAAGAGGUCGCUAUAACCAUGAGGGUACUGGUUCUGUUGGCCCUGGUGGCUUUGGCGGUGGCGGAAUUGCCCAGAAUUCCACUGUACAAGGUAAAGACGUCCCGCCGCAGCCUUCAGGAAGUGGACACGCCCCUGGAGCUGGUGCGGCGGCGAUGGGGGCAGGCUGGACCCAUGCCUGAGCCUCUCUCCAAUUAUAUGGAUGCUCAAUACUAUGGUCCCAUCUCCAUCGGCACUCCACCACAGUCUUUCCGAGUGGUCUUUGACACUGGCUCCUCCAACCUGUGGGUGCCUUCCAAGCAGUGCCACUACACCAACAUUGCCUGUCUUCUUCACAAUAAAUAUGACUCAAGGAAGUCAUCGACCUUCAAGAAAAAUGGAACAGAGUUUGCCAUCCACUAUGGAUCUGGCUCCCUCUCUGGCUACCUCUCCACUGACACUGUGGCCGUUUCGUCAGUUGCCGUGAAGGACCAGACUUUUGCUGAAGCACUGAGUGAGCCUGGCCUGGCUUUUGUUGCUGCCAAGUUUGACGGCAUCCUCGGCAUGGGCUACAGCACAAUUGCUGUGGAUGGCGUCACUCCAGUAUUUGACAACAUGGUGCGACAAGGUCUGGUGCCAGCUCCUGUCUUCAGUUUCUACCUCAACAGAGACCCAUCAGCAGCUGAGGGUGGAGAGCUGAUCUUGGGAGGUUCUGAUCCCACAUACUACUCAGGAGACUUUACCUAUGUGCCUGUUGACCGGAAAGGCUACUGGCAGUUCAAGAUGGAUGGGAUGCAGAUGAAUGGCACCCCAGUUCCCUUCUGCCAUGGUGGAUGUGAGGCCAUUGCUGACACCGGCACCUCCCUCAUUGCUGCGCCCACUGAGGAGGCUCGGCUCAUCAAUAAGAAGAUUGGUGCCAAGCCCAUUGUAGGAGGAGAGUGGUCAGUGGACUGUUCCUUGAUCCCACACCUGCCUAACAUUUCCUUUGUCUUUGGUGGGAGGCCCUUCACACUUGAGGGGAAGGACUACAUCUUGAGGGUGAGUCAGUUUGGCCAGGUGAGCUGUCUGUCAGGAUUCAUCGGUCUGGACAUUCCCCCUCCCAUGGGUCCUCUCUGGAUCCUUGGGGACGUCUUUAUUGGGCGAUUCUAUACAGAGUUUGACAUGGGAAAUAACCGUGUUGGUUUUGCCACAGCCAAGUAGGUGAGUGCAAAGGUCAGGUGAUAUCACAGUGGGCUGGGUAAUGACGGGCAGGUUUGUAAAGAUGUCAGCACUCAGAUACCAAAGUUAAGACAUUUUUCUUUUUGGAACUUCUUGUUGGAAAGUACAUAACUCUUGAUCAAGUGUCAACUGUCUUGUUUUUUUUUUUUUAGCUUGUGCAAUAAUGAUAAAUGUGAAGUAUUUGUUGAUCAGUUAUAGGUGUGACAUUAGUUUGUCAUGUUCUCAUUGUGAUACUUAUGCAUUGAAAUAAGUAAGAGGAGGUAAUGGAUAAUGGUUAUGUUCAUGCCUUAUCUGCCUCAUAGAACCAUAACUCCAUGACAGAGUAACCUUCCAUUCAUUUUUUUUUUUCCUUUUUUUUUUUUGGGGGGGGGGGGAUUUUUUAUUUUUUUUAUAUUUUUUUAUUUUUUAUUUUUUUCAUGAAUGUAAAGAGAGGCUCGUGAAAUGGUUGUCAUAUCUCUUGACCAGAUGUUGUUAGAGUUGUGAUAGGUAAGUAAUGUGGUUGUGUUGUUAUACAGUGUUCAGAAAUUAAAAUUGAAAUGUUGCAGUGAAAGAAAAUGAGACAAAAUGUAAAUGUUAGUGAGAAUUCUUUGGUUUGUUUUGAAUUUUCUCAUGUUUAUUUAAAGGCAUUUGUAGGGAUGAUAACACACCAUGCUGCUGUGUAAGUCUUUGGUCCUUGCCUCUGGUGACAAAGAAAGAUUGUUCACUUAUACUCAAUGGAAAGAGAAUUCAUUCUUCAGUGUGCAAGUCCUAAGCUUUGUAUGCACCAUAUGAUAAAUGUUUGUUGCAAUAUUGUAUAUUUUCAUCAUUACAAGAGAUAGAGAUAAAAGACUACAUUUUUCUUCCAGCUCAUUUAUAAUUAAGGUUUGUUGGAAGGACAUAUUCAAAUAAUUAAGUGCUCAUCAUUUCUCAAUAGUUCUUUGUUUGUGAAACACCCAGCACGUAUGGUGUGGCCACACUGUUGUUUUAUUCUCACCAGCCACAACCAUUGCCUCUCAACUUGUGUGUUCUGCACCAAGUUACAAUACUGGGAGAUGAAUUGAUAUAUGUUUGUUGUCCACCCCCAAUACAGUAUUAAAAACU